AGUUUAGUUUCAUCUUCCCCAGAGCCACGCUGUGCAGGGUCCCAGCUGCCAAGGAAGGCUGCACAGACAGAGGCUGCUCACCACAAGAAAAGUGACCAGAAAUGGCCGUCUCAACCGUCGUGACAGUCCAGCCGCAGUACGGCAUGGCUGCUGCUUCGAGGAACAUGUGGCAGACCGGGCUGAUGGACUGCUGCAGCGACUGUGGUGUCUGCUGCUGUGGGUUGUUCUGCUUCCCCUGCCUCGCCUGCCAAGUGGCCGGGGACAUGAAUGAGUGCUGCAUGUGCGGGACCAGCGUGGCCAUGAGGACGCUCUACCGCACCAGAUACAACAUCCCGGGAUCCAUUUGCUCUGACUUCUGUACCACCAUAUGGUGCCUCACGUGCUCCGUUUGCCAGCUGAAGAGAGAUAUCAACCGGAGGAAGGAGCUGGGCAUAUUCUGAUGCUGCCGUCCUCACUGUGCCCCGUGGAGCUGCUGUGGGCAGGAGUGCCCUCUGCCCUGGCUGGUGGGGAACGUACCACAGGGCUUGCCUUGAUAAUGUUUUGUUCCCCCUUCCCAGAGUAAUACCAUGAAUAAACAGCAG